AUGUUUCCCAUCACCCGUGGCGCUACACGUCAAGUCGUAUCCUUGAGUUACGGUGGUGCCGCCGUAACGAAAGGUGCUGUUGAUACCGUUGUAAAUGAUCCCUUAGCCCAGGAAAUCGCUGCACAAACACUUGCACAGUUCCUCCCGCCCCACAUAGGAGAUUCCAUCCUCGAAAUCGCAAAUAUUGUUUACCAAGAGUUUUCUGGGGAACUCAUGUUCGUUGAUGUCAAUAUCGCUCUGUCAGUUAUCGCCAUCAUGCAAGGGCUGAGCAAAAAGCCGGUAUACGACACACGGAAAUUCUCUCGUGUUGAGGACAGUCCUAUCGCGAAACGCUUCGCGCAUUACAUGAAGUAUGCCGAUGCUGCCUACGGGACAAUCAACCCCCUCAAGACGGACGAGGAAUUCAUAGCGGACUAUACGGGUAUCCCGCGGUAUAAGGUACAGCCAUACGUCAACAAGAACGCAGUUCGCGGGAAAGCAAUGCUUGAACACUUUGUGGCUGUGGAUGACCGUGAGAAGUCAGUGAUUGUGGCAUUGAAGGGGACCGGAACUUUGGAGGCCGCGCUGAAGGAUGUUCGAUUCCUUUACACCGAGAUUGACCUGUGGGGUCAAAGCUUCCAGGUCCAUGGGGGGAUGUGGGAGGCUGCGCAAGGGCUAGUUCAGUUUCCAUUACUGAUUUCUCAAGUGACGGAGGCACUGGUGGCGAACCCAGAGUACGGGUUGGUGGUGCUGGGGCACUCCCUUGGAGGGGGAGUCGCUGGUCUUGUGGCUCCCCUCCUCGCAGAGCCAGGCCCUGAUGGUAGUUUCCUGACCAAUGGGAAAACAGUCCCUGGAAGGAAGAUCGAGUGUUACGGCUUAGAACCCGCGGCCUCCCUUGACGAGCAACUGCGACAGAAGACAAAGACCAUGACUUACUCCCUUGUCAACAAGAACGAUAUCGUUCCAGCUCUUAGUUACGGAGUGCUCCAAGAUUUCAAGGCAUUUGCAUUGUACCUGAAGCACAACACCUUAUACCUGGGGUCUAUUAUCGAUGGUCUUUCAAUGAACAGGGUGGAUCCCGACACCUACAUGGCGAAGUUUCGUUCCAUUGCGACGCACAAAAAACUUGUUCCUCCUGGAAGGGUUUGGGUGAUAGAUACUACAGAUAAUGGAACGCUCGAAAUUGCAGAGUGUUUGAAUGCGAACCAGAGGUUUGGAGAGGCACGCUUCAUUCUUGGGAUGGUGCAGGACCACAUUUUAUUUAAUUGUUUCACCAGCAUGGAUGCUUUAAAGCAUUUGUUCGAAUAA